CAGUCACCUGGCAGAGCGCAUGGUUGUUUUUCACAGAAAGUGUAUUGACAAGUCAAGGUCUACUUAGCGGGGCGGGUUGGCCUUAUAAAUACGGGCACACUGGAGGAAGCAGCAGUACUCACACGCUCUUGCAGAGCCCAUCCGUUGAGAAGUCUCUUACAUCUACCUGCACAGCUCUCUACAGCCUAUAAAAAUGGAUAGCGGGUGUCAUUGUACAACCAACACAGACACGCUUUCGAAUCCUAUCCUCUACAACAUCCUGAGCCAAAUGGACAGCAGCAGAAGCCGCCAAAACGGCUUCAACUACAAUUCAAUGGCUCAUAGAUGCACCUGUGAGCUGCGACGGUCAGUGUGCUUGAAAAGGCCAUCGGAGAUCUGCAAAGAGGCGUCAGCAGUUCUGGUCAAAACCGUCCAUUUCAUGAAGAACUUACCUGCUUUCAACCAGAUGCCACCGAACGACCAGUUCUCACUUCUCAAAGGCUGCUGGGCACCGCUCUUUAUUUUGGGUCUGGCCCAGGAGCAUGUGGACUUUGAGGUGACGGACACACCGGCCGACAGCAUGCUGAAAAAGAUCCUCCUAAAUCGCCAGGAGCGAUAUGAGAUGGAGAGGGAGCAGCCCACCAUGGCCGGUGUCAACAAACUCCAGUCCUGCCUCAAAACGUUUUGGAGCUUGGAUUUGAGUCCAAAAGAGUAUGCAUACCUCAAAGGGAUCACAAUAUUUAAUCCAGAUGUCCCAGAUUUAAAGGCAGCUCUGUUUGUUGAAGGCCUGCAACAGGAAGCUCAGCAUGCCCUCAGCGAGGUGGUCCAGAUCCUUCACCCAGGGGACCGGGAGCGCUUUGCUCGGAUCCUCCUCACAGCCUCCAUGCUGCAGAGCAUCACACCGAGCCUCAUCACUGAACUCUUCUUCCGGCCCGUGACCGGCCAGGCGGAUCUGCUGGAGCUGUUGGUCGACAUGCUCUUCUGCAGAUAGACAAGGACAGCUGGACUGAAGAGCAAUGUUUUCCUCACGACAUGGAGGAAUGCCUGAAAGUGGGAUGUGAAUUGGUGAACAAGAGACUGUGAAUGACUCGCAUCGAAGCUCAGGUCACUUUAGGCCCAGUCUGAAAAUCUUUUAUCUGCUGAAGUUGAAAGAUUUGACCGUUAACACAUAACCAGACAGAACCCACUGUAUCUGAUGUUGGAGGUCUUUUCUGUUCGCUUCAAUGUUGUAAAUAAAUGCUGCACUGACAGGAAAUUUCAAAUAAAUAUAUUUUUAUACGUGAACGUAA